AUGGCCCCCCACGACAGCGACGCCUCCUCCGACGGCGGCGACUCGGAAUACACCGAGACCAACGUCCUCCUCGGCUACGCCUCCAAAGAGCCAACCGACGACACCUUCAGCCAGCUAGGCGGGCAACCGGUACGCAGCACCACCACCCACCCCCCUCACCCAGAGAAGAAGAAGAACGAAGAACCAAUCACGAAGAACAAAAACAACAAGAACCACUCCCACACUAACAAUCCCAACCCCCCAAAAAAACAGACCUGGCCCACCACGCCCACCACGACCUCCACACACCCCCCCUCCCACGCCCUGACCCGCUGCCUCACCUGCACUGCGCCGAUGCCGCUCCUCCUCCAGCUGAACGGCGACGCGCCCGCGCACUUCCCCGGCCACACGCGGCGCCUCUACGUCUUCGGGUGCCGGCGCAAGGCGUGCGCGCGCAAGCCGGGCUCCGUGCGCGCGGUGCGCGCCGUCGGCGUCGACGCCGCGCUGGCGGCGGCGGAGAGGAAGAAGAACGAAGAGGCGGCGGCGGAGGCGGAGAGGAAGAGGGUGGAGGAAGAAAAGAGGAGGGCGGAGCAGGGGAGGCUGGGGUCGGCGGUGUUUGGUGGUGGAGGUGGUGGUCUGGGUGCUGGGGCAAUGGCGAAUCCGUUUGCUGCGAAUCCGUUCGCUGCGAGUGGUGGUGGUCUUGGAGGAGGAGCGGCGAACCCGUUCGCCUCGCCAGCGAGCGGGUUGGCUGCGAAGCCGCCGCAGCAGACGACGACGACGACGGCAGCGAAGGAGGACGAGGACGAAGGCGGCAGCCUCGCCGAGACGUUUGCGCAAAAAGCACGCAUCGCCGCCUCCGCGCCCGGCACCCCCGACCAGAAGCAGCACGCACCAGCCGCCGCCGCCGUUCCCUACGAGCCGUGGCCGACGGACGCCUCCGCGCUGGCCAAGCCGUACCCGUCGUACCACCUCGACGCGGACUACGAGACGCUGUCUCCGGAAGACACGUCGGUCCUCCCAGCGAACGCGGAGCUGGAUCCGAACGCGGCGGAUCCGGACGACGCCGCCGCCGAGAACGCUGGAGGAGGAGGUGCGGGAGGGUCGGGGCAGAGCAAAGAAGAGAAACAAAUCUACGAAUCGCUGAUGGACAAGACGUUCCAGGCGUUCGCGGACCGCCUGGCGCAGAACCCGGAGCAGGUGCUGCGGUACGAGUGGCGGGGGGAGCCGCUGCUGUACAGUCGGCGGGAUGGGGUGGGGAAGAUGUUUGCGGGCGAGGAGGAGAAGGACGAGGAUGAAGACGAGGAGAUGGACGGCGGUGAAAGGAAUGCCAAGGUCAAGACGGCGGGAGGCCGCGGGAAUGGCAUGCCGAAGUGUGGGAACUGCGGUGCCGAGCGCGUGUUUGAGGUGCAGUUGACGCCGCAGGCUAUCGCGGAGCUGGAGGCCGAGGAAUUGGGGCUCGAGGGGAUGGAGUGGGGCACUGUCAUAGUCGGGGUUUGCGCGAAGGAUUGCACGGCGAAGGAUGCGAAGGACGGGGAGGUUGGGUAUGUGGAGGAGUGGGUGGGGGUUCAGUGGGAGGAGGUGGCUGUGAGGAAGUGA